CUCUCUCUCUCGGAUUGUUGGUACGCGCAGUCGUUUUUGAUGUUGUUCGCUGGCUUGAUGCCUGUCUCUUCUUUUUUGUUUGCUAUAUAUUGCUGUCGCCGCCGCCGUUCGCUGCUGCAGCGGUCAUUAGCGACCGAAUCCAAGAGAAAAGAGAAAGUAAAACUGAAAAUGUAGAAGAUACAACAUUACUAACGAUUGCUAAAACCGAAUAUAUUGGAUAUAUUGUUUGACUUGAACUUGGGAAAUCAGUUGAAUCAAGGAAAAACGUUCCCCCGCCUUUCAGAACAAGGCACGUGGAGGACGCGACGGCGGUCGCUCGUAUCCACGUGUGUACACGAGUCGCCAAGUCAAGAAGACGUUACGCGUUCGCCGAUUAGCGGCGACUUGACCCAACGUAAGGUGGCUCGUGCUUUUAGCCGUGCUUGCCGCGUAGUGAUUUAGAGACGUAGACCGUAAUGACGGACGUCACAGACACAGACGGGCGGUAGCUCCGUCAUGUUUCUUGCCUUUCCAGAGGGGCAAGGGAAAGAGUGAGAGAAAGGCAAGGAAAAGGGGGCGAACACUCCCUCGGGGAUUAGAACGAGGGUGCGGGAGGCGCACGCCAUGGCACGGGCCGGUCAUCGACGUCAUGCGACGUAGCUCGUAACGAGGAAUCGGGGGGGGGAUCUGCCCCGAGGCACGGGAGAGUCGCCUUGAGACGGGAAGCGAGGAAGCGGCCCGGUAGCGAUGUACGCCGCGGCGGGUGGUGCGAGCAUCGCCAAUCGGAGGAAGCAGAAGCGGCUGCAGCUCAACAAGCAGGCGCCGGUGAACGUUGUCCCGUCAAGACUGAAGACCGGCCUACCGCCUGGCGCGCGUCACCACCAGCAGCACUACCAGCACCAUCAGCACCAGCACCAACACCAGCAUCAGCAUCAGCACCAGCACCAGCACCAACACCAGCACCAGCACCAGCACCAGCAUCAUCAGCACCACCACCACCACCCGACCAAGCUCGCCCGUCCGCACCAAGCCGCAUCAGCGGGACAGCAGGCCCCGCGGGCGCAGCAGCAUCACGCGACGUCAACGUCGUCGUCGUCCGCCGCGUUCCACCCGGUCGUCGACGAUCGGCGCCGUCGCGGCGACCACCACAGGUCCCAGCAGGUCGCCCCGGUCUCGCCGAUCCACUUCCCGAUCUCGCCGCCCCCGCUCUCCCUCGAGUCCUCGGCGUCCGCCACCACCUUCCCGGCCAACAAGUCCAGCAACUUUCCCUUCCCGCCGCCCUCGAUCCUCGAUCUCCGAGUCUCGCCUCCUACGUCGGAGCUACAGUGCGGCGGUCAGGGACCUGGCGGCAAGGCAGCGUGGCAGGGAUGCAACAGACCUUCGCCCCUUCCCUUAUCUCCCACGUCGCCCGGUUAUCGCGCGGAUGGCUACAGGACGAAGCAGUGCGAGGCGCAUCGGCGAUGGAUGAAAAGAAACAGGAUAAGAGACGCCAGUUACUGCUACGGGAGCAGCGGCGAGGACGACGACGAAGAUGACAGCAGCAACGCUAUGCGGCAGCGGGGCGAGGUGAGCGCGGCGGUCAACACCGUGCUCUACGUGGGUCUGGGCACCACCGCGCUCGGCCUGGUAAUCUCGUUCGUCGGCACCGGGGAGAAGGGCUUCCUGAGCCCGCAGCUGAGGCUGGUCGGCCCGUCGCUACUGUGCGCCGGUUUGCUGUGCUGCCUGUUCCGCGUGCUGCUGUGCAUCUGCCUGUGCCACUGCGGCCAGUGCGGCCGCUGGCGAUUCUGUCACGUCGCCGCGCACAAGGAGAAGGCGAGGAAGGCGGACGCGCGACCGGGACCAGGGACGUUGUCGACCGCCUCGCUGUUGCCGCCGUCGACGCAACGGGAGCGAGAGGGUCCGGUCGCGCCCACGAGCCGCUCGGUGUCGCCGGCGACCAAGGGACACGAGCUUCUGCUUUCGCCCGCCCAGUUACCAGAGUGAGGAGGGACAAUGUGAUCCGCGCGCAAUCAGCAACAUUUUCUACCGAAUGAAUUCUACGUACCACACGCCGAUUUACUGCCGGUUCACGGCCGACCUACGCGACCCUAGUUUUCUCCGUCGCGGCCUGAACCGCGAGCUCUCUAAAGUAGUCUAAAAUGCGUCUUAGAGCUUAAACAAUAGAAGAAUAAAGGAA